GAGAAAGGGGAAGAACGAUCCGAAGACAGUUCUCACUUCCUCUCAUGGUGGUGUGUGCCGAAGUCAUUAGCAGACAUAAGAGACAGUGGCUGGGGGUGGAAAAAAAAAUAUAUCUUGCAAGUUGCUAACAUGCUUUGUGAAGUCAAAUUGUUGAGCAUGAUUUAUGGACAAGCAGAGGAAUCGGACCUACCGCGUGAUGAGAGGCAGGACACGGUUGCCAGGUCAACGUCUCCUUGUAGUUCCUCAGAGCAGGUGGACAACAGGAGUCCUUCACAAGACCAAGACUCCCAGCUGGAGUCUUUGGAUCUGUACAGAACCCAGCCUGGAAGAGAGAACCUUCCGGGUAUAGAGAUCCUGGCACCGGCCCGCUCUGGGGGGGACGCCGCCGCCUUCUUGGUACCGUCUUACUGCCAGAGCAUCUGCCUGAACUACAGCGACCUUCACAUCGGGGGCGAUCAGGUGCUGCCAUUGUCGGCUGACAACCAGGAGCAGAUGGUGGUUGAAACCCAGGCGGUCGGUCCUUUUCUGCAGUCCUGCGAUGUGCCCCCGCCUGCGGAGGAAUCCCCUUUAGGGGGUCUUCUGCGGUCACUCAGGGGGGGCUCCAACCACUGGAGGCAGGGAAGUGGUCGCGAUCGCAGCGUUAUGUUCCAAGGUUGCGAGGGCCCCUUCUCCAACUCCCUCCUGAAUCGCUACCUGGAGCAGAAGCUCCUGGAUCUCUACCAGCAGUACAUGCUGGAGAACAUGGCCAGGGACAGGGGUGCGGACCCGGGCCCCAAUUUCCCAUUACCGGGCUCCGAGAUGUUCCUGAGCAGCCUGGACCAGAUCACCCUGCAGCUGAGCCGGGAUGGGAACUUGGAGGCGGGCGUGGCCAAGGACAUGGUGCUGUCGUGCCUGUUGAGGGUGGCUGGAGACAUGCAGUCCAGUGAGAUCAGCACACCUUUCCUGCAGAUCUCCAGCGACGCAUCUAAGGAGCACAUCAAUAAAGCGGGACAAAAAUAAUUUGUUUUUUCUGCCUCUCCUUUGUAAAGGCUAACAAAUCCCAAUCAAAACCUUUUGAAUGUGUGCCGCUUUGCUUAUCGUGCUAUUUUGUACAAUGGUGUAAUGAUUCUGAUGUCAAUAAUCUGUGGGUUGAACUCAAAAUACUUUGGACGACUUGUUCAUCCAUGUGUUUUGAAGAUGUCUACACAGUUUAAUAAGAUCGAACAAAACCCUAAAGGCCUACUGAAAUGAAAUUUUCUUAUCUAAACGGGGAUAGCAGGUCCAUUCUAUGUGUCAUACUUAAUCAUUUCGCGAUAUUGCCAUAUUUUUGCUGAAAGGAUUUAGUAGAGAACAUCCACGAUAAUGUCAGAAACUUUUGGUCGCUAACAGAAAAGACCUGCCUCUACCGGAAGUCGCAGACGAUGACGUCACAUGUUUGAUGGCUCCUCAUAUAUUCACAUUGUUUUUAAUGGGAGCCUCCAACAAAAAGUGCUAUUCGGACAGAGAAAACGACAAUUUCCCCAUUAAUUUGAGCGAGGAUAAAAGAUUUGUGUUUGAGGAUAUUGAUAGCGACGGACUAGAAAAAAAAAAAAAACACGAUUGCAUUGGGACGGAUUCCGAUGUUUUUAGAGACAUUUACUAGAUUCAUUCUGGGAAAUCCCUUAUCUUUCUAUUGUGUUGCUAGUGUUUUAGUGAGUUUAAUAGUACCUGAUAGUCGGAAGGGUGUCUCCACGGGUGUCUUGACGCGCAGUGUCUCAGGGGAGUCGACGGCAGCAAUGGACGACACAAGCUC